AUGGAUUCUCGGCCAGGUGAAAGCCAAACUAAAGACCGCACCAAGCUCCCAAGAAGGCUUUCUAUGGCCAAAAAAGACUGUGCAUUGCAAAAAAAGGCCAUUGCAAAAGAGAAUUCCAAUAAUAAGCAUAAAAGCAUGUCAAUUACUUCAUUUUUUAAGAACACACCACCAUCUAAACUGGCUUGCCCACUAUGUGGCAGGUUUGUACCUCGUUUCAAGAUAAAUGAACAUAUUGACUCUCGAUGUAAAGACUUUUCAGAGGAAAGUGGUGUAGGAGCUCAAGAUAAAACAUCUCCGUCACUUUCAAAUAAUGGCCUACGAAAUCCAGAUGUGGAGGAAAAACCCACAAACAUGCAUGCAAAGACUGAAGAAUCAAAAACUAGUCCAUAUUUUGAAAACAAUGGCAUGGCAUGGCAAGAAUCACCCAAACGAAACUGCCAAGCUAAAGAGGUCAGGACAGUCAGUCUUGACAGAUUGUCUUCAAAACUUUCCAAAAAGGUUCUGGUGUUUUCAGAGGACUCGAAAAAUAACGAGACCCAAGUGCCUGUUUUUCACGAGCCAGACUUCACUGAAGCAAGUAGUUCACAAAAAGAAAACUUUGAUGCAACUACAAAUCCACCUCAUGCUGAGAAAUAUGAGGCUCCUGUACCAACACUUGAAUCACCGGGAACUGAGGCUUCUCAGCCGUUAAAAACUGCUGCUUCGUCUAGAAUAAUGAAGAGGAAGACUGACACACGUGCAGCCCCAAAUCUGCAAAAGAAAAUUCGACAUGCAGAGAAUAAAAGCAAAAACAAAGCGUUUCCUAUAUUCAGCCAAAUUCACAGGUCACAUGCUAGUGCUUCCACAAAUGAUAUCGGCGAAGAUGGGUUACCUGAUGUCAGAAAAUCUAAGGAUGAGAAUGUAGAAGAAAAAAAGACUAGAAAGCCACAGGAAAGUGAUGAUCUUCAAAAGGAUGCUAGUGCUACUUCUGCGGAACCUGCUUUAGCCAGACAACCUUAUUAUCUUCAGAAUUUCCUAACUGUUCUGGAAGCAGUACUGGAGAAUGAAGAUGAUCGAGUACUAUUUAACAGCGAUGAUCUCUCACACAUCCAUAGUUUUAAGCAGCUCUCAGUGGCAGGUCAGAUGCUCUAUGUCCGUCUCUUUCAGAGGAAGCUAAAGUGGCUGCAGGUUAGCAAACUGGAUUAUGCAGAGAUUAGCUCAGAUCUCAGACCUGUUGUGCAAGAACUUGUAAAGAGUGGAUUUCUCCAGACAGAGUCUGAACUCGACGAGAUCCAAGAUGCUUUGCAUAUUAUACCUGCUCCAGAGCUCCGAAGCCUGGCCAAGACUUUCCACCUUAGAGGUCCAGGCAGCAGCACCCAGAAACAGCAGCUAGUGGAAGGUCUUCUAAAUUUGUCCAAACAGCGUUCGCUCUUCUCCUGUGCACCUGGUCAAAACAACAUCAGAACAGUCAUUCUUAAGAGAGCGAAACAGCUAGCAGGCUCCUGCAUACGUCUCUGCCGUGAUCCUCGUGCAGUGUUCUCCAGAGUUCUUCUCCUCUUCUCGCUUACUGACACUAUGGAGGAAGAGGAAAUGGCAUCAGGGGGUCAAAGCCAGCUAUACACUAUACUGCUGGUUAAUUCUGGGCGCCUGGCAUUCCCAGACUACACUGUAAAUCGCUCUGCCCAAGUGUUUCGGGACAGGGAGGACCUCAUCAGAUAUGAGGCUGCCAUGAGAACGCUUCAAGAAAUAAUUACAGCAAUGCAGACAGGUUGCUGGGAGGAUGCUCUUGUUCUCUAUAGCUCUGCAAAGUCUAAUUGGCAGAACCUUAAGCAAGCCUGUGACUUAAGAUGGCAGGAGGAGUUACCAGUGUUCCUGCGCUGCUUUACAGUGGGCUGGACAUAUACGCGUAUAUUGUCUCGUGGAGUUGAGAUACUACAGAGGCUUCGUCGCUAUGAGGACGCAGUAGAGGAGUUGAAAUCUCUUUUGUCUCAGUCAACAUACUGUCCAGUCAGCAGAGGGCGAUGGUGGGACAGGCUGGCUCUCAAUCUCCAGCAGCAUCUCAAACAGCAUGAGCAGGCCAUUUACGCCAUUAGGGAUGGUUUAAAUGAUCCACUAGUUCGGACAGGUCACCGCUUGGCACUGCACCAGAGAGCUGCCAGAAUGAAAGAGUCGGCAAGUUUUAAAAAGUAUCGCCUGCUGCUCCGAGAACUCGCUGCUAUCCAAGUCGAUGAUGUUACUCACGUGACAAUUCGAGGCCAGCUCUUUCCCCAUGAAGGUGGUAUGGGCAAAUCCAGGUUCCUGAGACCUGCUGCAGGGAGUGGGAGCUCUGGGGAAGUUGGUGAGGACAUGGUUAUAUGUUCUGUUGAAGAGCUGGCAUUGGCACACUACAGAGAACUCGGCUUUGAUCAAGGUAUUCAUGGUGAAGGCUCCACAUUCUCCACACUGUUUGGGCUUCUACUGUGGGACAUUAUCUUUAUGGAAGGGGUUACUGAUGUCUUUAGAACUUCUUAUCAGGCAUGUCCUUUGGACUUGCACACUGACAGUUUCUAUGAAAAUCGGAAGGAGGCUAUUGACUGCCGGGUUGAGCUAUUGCGUGAGGCCUCCAACAAAAGGCUGCAGGAUCUGCUGGCAGAAGUGUGGAACUCGCAGGAGGGUAGAUUGUGUGCACUUGUCAACUGGGAACUAUUCUCUUCUCUUCAGCAAGCCCAGAGCUUAGUGGCAUGUCUGGGCGGGCAUUUUUUAAGCGGAGUGGUUCUUAGAAUGGCAAAGGACUACAGACACAGUAGAGGAGGACUUCCUGACCUAGUUGUAUGGAAUACCAACAACAAUAGCUACAAGCUGGUGGAGGUGAAGGGUCCUAAUGACCGACUUUCUCAGAAGCAGCAGCUCUGGUUGGAUGAACUACAGAAGCUGGGGGCCAGUGUUGAAGUGUGUCACGUUACUGCUACUGGAGCCCGGGGAGCACGACUGGAGUAGAUUACACCAGCCUUUACAGAGACAAAUACACUAAUAGACUGUCUAAAAAUAUGAGAAUGGUCUUUGUAGAGCUGCUAAUUAAUUAUUAUCUUAUUGUUAUAUAUAAUUAUACAAACAAUUAUAAAUAAAAGUAUUUAUUUUA